AUGAUUAGAGAAGGCCAUAUUAGAGAAGUGACCUUUAUAGGAACUAAUACUGAUGUUAGACUUGUAGAUACAAAAAUAGAAUCUGAAUUUACAAUUUUAAGAAAUAAAAAUUGGAUAAUUUAUCGACCUAAAGAAGAAUUAGUGGUUUCUAGUUCUUCAUAUAAUAUUACAGAACAACAUGAAGAAUCUUCUAGUUCAUCAUACAAUAGAACAAGAUUUGAAUUACAACAUGAGGGAUCAAGCUCUUUACACAAUAGAACGAGAUUCGAAUCACAACAACUUGAUAAUGAUAAUUAUGAAUUAUUUAAUGAAUUUAAUAAUAAUUUUGAAUUAAAUGAAUUCAAAAAUUUUAAUGAUGACCAUUUAACUAUUUCACCUUCAAAUUUUCAAUCAAAAUUUUCUAACAUGACUGAUAUUUUUAAAAAUAUUAGAAAAUUUUUAAGAGAGCAAGAAAAUAUUACUGAAAAAGUUACAACCAUUGUUCUUGCUAAGAGUGUAGAUGUCGGUAGAAUCAUUCACGAUGUUUUACAAAAUUUUUGGAAUCUUUUGGCAAUUCCAAAUAAUUUUAAUCAAAUAUUUAUGGCAGGAGAAAUGUUUGAUGAAUGUACAACAGGAUCACUUAUUAUAGUUCCAAAUUCAAUUCU